AUAUCAGUCAGAAUAUGGCAACAUGAAUCCUGUUUGUAGCGUUGAAUUAUUCCAACGAUACGUUUUUGACAGCGGAACCCGAUAAUGGUGUGGAAGUACAGGUUUUACGCUACGCCGUUGUCAUUUCAGGCUAAGACCACGGGCGAAGGGACGGGUCAACAAAAAAUGACAGUUCGCCUUUGUUGUUGUUGCUGUUGUUGUUGUGAGGCCGUUAGUAAGUGUCUCUCUGCGACAAGCUUAGGUCUCUAGCAGUGAUGUUGGCCAUUUUGCUGGCAUCAUUCCUGUCUGGUGUCGUUUUGACACUGCUGGUUCAGUGUCUAUGGCUGAAGAGACGGUUUAGAUCUCUGCCCAUUCUGCCCGUUCCUCUCACACCACAGACUGACACCUUCAGGCUUCCCAAGGAAUUGGUGAAACUGUUGAAUGACCCAGAAUUGAAGACGAGGAAGGAGACUUGUCUGUUCCUUAACGUGUUAUUUCAGUUUUUGUUCCGAGAGCUGAAAGACACCAACCUUGUCAGACGAUGGGUGAUAAGGAAGCUGAAUGUGGAGUUUUUGGAACUUUUGCAGACAACAUCUGGCAAACUGCUUGACAGGAUCUCUGUCAGAGACUUCAACUUUGGGCCUACUUUCCCAAUGGUUCACAAUGCAGCUAUUAAACAUGUGCAAACUUCUGAGGAUAAGCAGUGUUUGGAGGAGUUGGACAUUGCCCUGGACAUUGAAUAUCAGGGAGGUUUUCACCUGGCUGUGGAUGCUGACCUGGUGUUUGGAAAGUCGGCUUACCUGUCUGUUAAGGUGAUGGAGCUGAAGGGCUGUUUACGCCUCCAGAUGACUAGACAACCCUACACCCACUGGUCUCUGGCUUUUUACGAGGUCUUCCAGCAACCUGCGGAUGGUCGUGGGUUUCCCCUUGGCUCUGCCAGAUUUUUUCCCAUCAUAAUGAGGCCCACUAUGGAAUUCAAUGUGGAGUCGAGGUUUGAAGGCCGGCCUAUCCCUCAGAUUACUUCACUUAUUGUCAAUCAGAUUCGUCGUUCUAUUCGUAAGAAGCACACUUUACCUAACUACAAAAUGAGGUACAAACCCUUCUUCAUGCCCUAUGAACCACCAUUACCAGCCCGUGAUCUGUAUUUCCGUGGCAACCGCAUUGGGCAGGGUUGUCUAGAAGUGACUGUGAUAGAGUGUAGUCGCCUGUUGACCCCACCCCCUGAGUCCUCUCUCUACUGCACAGUCUCUGUGGGUCCUCUGCCGUGGGUGGACAUGAUGAGGAUCAGGAAGACGUUCGUUGUACACGACGUGGAAAUCGUCCGAUCACCUGGUCAAGCCAUAGGGCUACUCUUCAAGGAGGACUUCCUGUUGGAGAGAUACGAGUCAGUGGUAGUGAUAGAGGCGGUGUCCCCAGAUGGCCCUGCUGCCUUUGUGGAUGUCAGAAAGAAUGACAUACUUGUGGCUGUUGGAGGUCAGAAGGUCACAUCUCAGAAACAGGCCGCUAAGCUUCUGAAAAAUGCUGGAGAAAGGUUUACAAUACGUGUUGAGAGAGUUGUUAGGAACAAAUCCAGUGAUGUUGAUAUAAAAUUUGAAGAGGAUUUUAUCAAUGUUAAGGAUGGAGAGCUGAGAUCUCGAGAAGACAGUGUCCAAGACAGAGGUGAGGAAGACUUUGUCCAUAUCAGUGUCAAAUCUGUCAUCGGGGACACAAAGUCCCUCCAGGGCUCCCCGAUUAGCGAGAGGUCACCGCAGAAACGGUCUUCAGUGGCCGCUCUGCUGCGACGCCGUACCAAAAGCUCAGCCAGUGAGGUUCAGACAGGGGAUUCCCCACAGAGCAGCCCUGAAGUGAGACGCAGAACUGUUAACGCAGUAUCAGGGGUGGAGUCGCGAGACAAAGUGAAGGACACGUUAAGGUCCCCAUUGACAACACCAAAGAAGCAAUCACCACUUGGGUCUGGGAAAACACCUCCCCUGAGUGAUUCAUCACAGUCAUCACCCGCUCACAGAAAGUUUUCAGCAGAGAGGUUGGAUGACCCUGGCCUGGAGGAGAUGGAGUCCGGGUCUGAGUCAGACAUUGAGGAAGAUACAGAGGUCAGAAAGACUGGGCUUGUGUCUGCCUGCCAGGACCCCAUCUGGAAUGAGAAGUUCAGAUUUGACGUGGAUGAUGAGGAUAAGUACCUGAAUGUGUGCGUGUGGUGUAACAUACCAAAGAAAAUGGACAAAAACGAGGCUGUGGUGAAGGCAGAGACAGACAUGCUUCUGGGUCAUGUAAGCCUGACCCUGAGUGAUGUAGCCCUGGACUGUCUGAUGACCCUACAGGGAGAUGCCCAGAGGACAGUGCACCUGGCACCUGUGGAAACAAAGGCGGGGGCAAGCCGUGCCAAACUGCCUAACCUUGGGGCUCACCCAGGUUUUGAUCCUAACCUGUGUUUUGGUGACAUUACCCUGGGGUUUUUGCACACACCACAGAAGACCACAUUGGAGGAGAGGAAGAAGAUGACCAGACACCCCACUUCCAUACCCUUCACCUACGAGCCGGACACCAUGAAGGUCUCCCCGAGUCAAGCAGCAGCAGGAGGAAAAUCAGACGAGGGCCUCCAUGUUUUCAAAAGUGCCCAGUUUCACACAGCCACAUAUUGUCACUUCUGUGGGAAAAAAAUCUGGCUGAAGACAGCUUUGCAGUGUCAUUCGUGCGACAUGAUCUGUCACAAGAAGUGCACAGAGAAGUGUCAGGCCCAGACUCUCUGCAGAAAGGAUGGUCUGCGUCGCCGCUCUCAACCAGACGUGUUGUACAAAACUCCAUUAGCAGUGGUAGAGGUGGACAAGAAGAAGACGACAGAAGAACCUAAUCGGUCUGGUGGCAUUCUUAGUAAAUUCAGAAAAGACUCAACUGGGAAGAAAGGGAUAAAAAGCCCGAAUGGUAGCCCCCAGGCAGCCAGAAAGAUGAUGUCAGGGAACCAGAUCCGAGUGGAAUACAGUCCAUUCUAUGUACGUCGUCGAAACUCUGCCCCUGACGACAAUGAGUCGGAUGGCAUCCCUGCCAGUGGUGGGCUUCUCUCAGUGAGGAGAAUACCACGAACACGAUCGACAACCUCCCUACAGUGUCUGGUGGACCAGAACGCCCCACCCACUCUGCCAAGGGAGGAGUUUAACAAGAAUGAUGAUAAGAAUGCUGAGAGUUCUGGCGAUGAAGGGGAGAUAACCAUAUCACAGUCUAGAAUGGCAGAAUCCACUCGUCCCAAUCGCUGUGGGCACAAUGUGGAUGAGAUGGCUGUCAUGGCAGCCAAGCAGAUGGGAAGAGAACUCUUUUCACAUUUGACACUGGAAGAACGGAAGGAAAAGCUGGAUGCAAUGGUGAGCAAACUCCAGCAGGAGAUUGAUCAGGAGUCAGAGCAUAGAGCUGAGCUAGCUAAAGCAGAACAGGAAAGUCUUGAUCCUGGUCCAAAGAAAAUCUUACAGUGUAAGAUUGUGAAAGCAGAUGAGAAGAUCCAGGCCUUGAUGGUCCUCAUGUUGCAUUACUGUGCUGGCCUUCAGCACUGCAUGGAUCUAGAGGAGGCUAAGAGACAGGAAGGGGAUGGAGAAGUCGCAAAGAGCGUAGCCAAGGGGAACUACUCUGAUAGUAAUAUAAAGGGAGACAACUCUAAUGGGGAAGACAACUCGAGGCAGGCACAUGCCAGCAGUUCAAAGUCAAUGAUGACAGGUGUACGUGUUUGUACGAGCGAGAACAAUGACAGCGACUCCACCUCUGAGAUAGAGAGUAGCUACGAACUAGAAAUGGAACUUGAGCGAAACUCUUUGAUGUCCUCCUGAGUGUUAUCUUCUUUAAUAUGAACUAUGGUUGGGUUUAUGCUACCUUAUGUUGUGCAGUGGUGUGGCCUGUCUAUCUUACAAGCUUUGUUGGACCUGCCCAUGAACCUGUGCAAUAAUUCCUGCAGAAGCUCUAUGUUAUCUGUGAUCGCCCAUGUGAUUCGUGUGAGUGAAGCUAUGACCACUGUACAUAAUUACCUGCAUUAAAGCAGACUUUACUUGCAUUGUAAGAUAAGAGCUUACAUUUUCACAUUUACAUUAUGGGAUUAUCGGUGAAAUAGUCAGUGGCAUUGAGGUGAAAUCCUAAUAAACUCUCCACACUGUUGUUAAUGUUUAUCAUUUAAGACUGGUUUGAAAACUUUUAUUUAUGAACAAAUUAAGCAUACUUGUAUGUAUGUAUAUUUUAAGUGCAUGUUGAAAUGUACGAACUGCUACGUGUGAGUUGGUAAACAAGCAAAUUUGAAGACAUUCAUUUAGAACUAAAAACAGUACAUGAAGGAGUAAAAUACUCAUGCAUUUUCAUGUGAAGCAAGGAAACUUAACAAGCCUUUGCAGUUCAAAAGUCACACCAGCUGAAUGACUUAUAACAUAAAGAGAUAUUCUUAUGGCUGUUAUAGAAUAUGUUAA